AUAAUCAAUAUUGAGUAUGUUUAGUAAUGUUGUAUAACUUAUACAUACAUAUUUCUUUGGGGCUUUUUUAUUCUGACGUCACUGAUACGCGACACAGUUGGUGAAGGAUCCACGCGUGUUUUCGGGAACAGCCCCAAAGUUUAAGUUAAAUUCCUUGCUUUGGUGAUGGAGGACCGCAGCCGGCUUUGCUCCGUGUGGUUGGGCUCGGAGACCGGGAUUCUGAAAGGGGUCAGUGUGUCCCGGAAACAGGCCUUCAACUUCUGCAACACGAGCCAGCUGAGCCGCGACCAGGAGGUCCGCGCGUUGUGCUGGGGCGACGCUGCCGAGAGCGAGCUGCUGGUCGGUUCCGUAGACGGGACCGUGAAAACCUUCAGCGUCGAGAAGGGCGUAUUCACAGAGACCCGGCGCUGCGGGGAGACCGCGGACGGCUGCUUCACUGGGCUGGCCACGCUCGGCGACUCUGCCUUGGUCACUUGCGGGGAGUGCGGGACGGUGCGGGUCUGGAGGGAGGACCGCAGUGAGGCCGUGAUGGAGCUUAACGCGGGGAAGAACGUGUGCAGGAUGCGUCAAAACCCGGUACACCGGCACAAAGUGGCCACGGGCGGGAAGGAGAACGGACUGAAAAUGUGGGAUCUGGAACGACCCGAGAAACCCGUGUUCACCGCAAAAAAUCUGCGGGACGAUUGGCUCGAUCUGCGGCGUCCGCAUUGGGUUAGAGACGUGGGCUUUAUCCCGGACUCCGACAAAAUGGUCACGUGCACAGGUUACCACCAGGUCCACGUGUUUGACCCAUCGUCCCCCCAGCGGCGCCCGGUCCUGGAGGCCGAGUACGGCGAGUACCCACUCACCGCGUUGUCUCUGCCCGCUGCUGGGAACACAGUGGUGGUUGGAAACACCCAUGGCCAGAUCGCUGUGCUGGACCUGAGGAAGGGUCUGGUCCGUGGCUGUCUCAAGGGACUGGCCGGGGGGGUGCGGGGACUGCAGUGCCACCCCUCGCAGCCAGUAGUGGCAUCCUGCGGCCUGGACCGCUUCCUCCGCAUCCACGCCCUGGAGGACCGCAAAGUGCAGCACAAAGUCUACCUCAAGUCCCGGCUCAACUGCCUGCUGUUGGCCAGCCGGGACCUGGAGGACGGAGGGGGGGUGACCGAGCAGGGGGAGUCCCAGGUGGUGAAGGAGGAGGAGGACGAGCUGUGGGACGCAAUGGAACAGGUGCAGGAUGUGCAGAAGAGGAAAACCGAUGACGAGGAGCAGCCCCAAGAGAAGAGGAGCAGGAAAGGUCAAGACUGAGAGGCGUUUAAGGUGUAGCCUGAGUGUGGGACAUUUGAACACACUGACUCAUCAUAUGGUCACUUGUAUCAUUCUCUCACUGUUAAUUGAAGGUCAAAUCUCUACAAAUAAAAUCAGUUCUAAUAAUAUCUUCA